UCCAGCUGCUGCUAUAUUUUGAGACCGUAAAAUUAAAACAUCAACUUUCUGAGAGCUUUCCAAACUGACCCAUCGGUUAAAACUGAAAUAAAAUUGUAUAAGUCUAAGUUUAUUAAAAAAUCAAACUACUCAACGUAAUGCGACAUUACAAUUUUGUUGUCUUUUAUGUUCUCACUUCAAUUCGGAGGCCAAUCCUUGGAGAUUUCCAAAGUUCCGUUUUGGCUAAACAUAACCUACAUCGUGGAAACGCUGGGUUGACUUUGAUGCAGUGGAAUGCGAGCUUAGCUGCAAAAGCCCAAGAACACACUGACAGCUUAACGCAACCUGCAGAUAGCUGUACAUUUGCUCAUUCGACAUCCGCCUUCCGAGAUAUGGGACAAGGUGAAAAUAUCUGGAUGACCGGUGCAAAUGGCAGGACAGAAGAUCAGCUGGGCACGGGGUCCUCGUCUGCCUGGUACGGUGAAAUUGACAUCUAUAAGUACCCGGACGACCCUACUUUAAAGUGGGACCACUGUGUUGACUGGACAAAAGUGGGACACUUCACUCAGAUGAUGUGGUCGACUACCACUGAAAUUGGAUGUGGUUUUGGAACUUGUACAUUUAACGGAAACACUAUUGUAACCUGCCACUAUCUUCGUGCUGGAAACAUACGAAAUCAACCCAUGUUUGCGGAGGAAAAUUAUAAUCAGCUGAUCGCUAGUGGAGAACAGUUGGCAAGAUGCGGUGACUCUGGUGCCGGACAAACAACGACUGCGCCGGAUCACAACCAAACUAAAGAAGACGAUGACAAAACAGGUCUCUACGUGAUCAGUGGUGUUGCGGGGGGCGUGGUGGUUGUGGUGUUUAUUGCGGGGGGAGUGCUUAUAUGGAUAUGCAUAUGAUGUGAAAGCUCACGCGUCGAAAACGCAAAUUGAUUUGUACUGAAAAUUGUAUGAAAAAGUUUAUUUUUGUAAAAUGUAAAUUCUCAAACUGUAAUAAAAAAUUAAUGAUAUUUUCACUUUU